UAUUUUACACCGGACAGCAUUUAUGCAUUUGUAUACAGUCAGUGUCUCUACUUGCUGUUUAUAAGCAGUUUCUCUCCAGAAAAUAUACAAACCUGGGACUGAUUAACAGGAGGAGCACAUCACAGAUGAGAUUGUGGGGGCGGUGGCUGAAAAGUAGAAGCGGGAUAGGGUCGAGGACUGACCCUUGGGUCCACCCCUUUCUGCGCACUGCCGUUCUGCUCUUCCCUUUUUUUCCUCUCCUUUUCAGGAGAAACUACUGAACUUGAAGGAAGGCUCCACGUUUUGAUAGUCAUGGCACUCUUUUCUUCCCUAACCCCAGUCUUUAUAGCCGUUAUAUGUGUUUUGAUUGGGGUAAUAUUGAAGAAGACUAAUGGAGAGAAGGAAAAACGUGAGACUAAAAGCAAGCCUCUGUCUCGCCCGUGGGUGGAUGAAGAUUUAAAAGAUGGCACUGACCACCACUUAGAGGAAGAAGAGGCUGAAGAAGAGUGGCAAGGACUUGAAGAAAAUGUUGCCCAUGUCCCCUUCUUUGCGGAGCGCUACCCUGAGGACGAAAUGAUCAAAAGGUCAAAGGUGUUUUAUGAGCUUCUGAAUAAGAGGCGGUCUGUCAGGUUUCUCAGUGAUGAGCCGGUCCCCAGGGAGGUUAUCGAUAAUGUCAUCAGAACAGCAGGUACCUCACCCAGCGGAGCGCACACCGAGCCCUGGACCUUUGUGGUAGUGCAAGAUCCAUAUUUAAAACAUAAGAUCCGUGAGAUCGUAGAAGAAGAAGAAGAAAUCAACUACAAAAAAAGGAUGGGAGACAGAUGGGUUAAUGACCUGAAAAGACUGAGAACAAACUGGAUCAAAGAGUACUUGGACACUGCUCCAUAUCUGAUCCUCAUUUUCAAGCAGGUAUAUGGACGGCUUCCAAACGGCAAAAAGAAGACCCACUACUACAAUGAAAUCAGUGUUUCUAUUGCCUGUGGCAUCCUGCUUGCUGCACUGCAGAACGCGGGUCUGUACACAGUGACCUCCACACCCCUCAACUGCGGCCCCCAGCUCCGGGUGCUGCUCCAGCGCCCGGCAAAUGAGAAGCUGCUCUUGCUGCUCCCCGUUGGCUAUCCCAAGAAAGAUGCUACGGUGCCUGCGCUGACCCGAAAGCCGCUGGAGGACAUCAUGGUGGUCAUGUGAGCCCAGCACCCCGAGGAAGGAGCACAUCCCUGGCUGCCAGCUAGAAAGCAGCAGCCUGCUGAAGUUGUCACUGCUGUUGCUGUGUAUGGUCCUCCUACGUCACUGCCGCUCUGGCUGUUUACACCUGGUUUUCUCUGAGUGCUGGUAAUCACGGUGGCUGCUUCUACUAAUAGCAGGAAGCAGCCAAGCACUGUGCGUUUGACAGGUGCCAUUACCAAUGCACCCAGGCGGUUGCUCCAGGGAACACAUACGAUGGCAUUUAAAUGACCUUCAUCACUCGAUUUUUUUUUUUUUUUUUUUUUUCUUACGCAUUGUAGGGACAAAUCUUUCCUUGAAUUGGAAUGUAUAUGCUCUUUAUACUUUUGUGAUUACCAUUACAUGGUUAUUUUCACUUCAGAAUUUUAAUGGAGGUCAUAUUAAAAGAUAUAAA